GAUGAAUGAUGGAUGCUGCUGACUUAAAUAACUUAUUUAUUAUAUAAUGCGCCAAGCCCGACGUCAACCACAUGCUGCCAGUCGCAAAUAACUCCGCAGCGCGGAUAUGAUAUUGACCAUAUAUCACCAGCCGCGAUUUAUGUCUUAAAUAUGCCACCAAAACGGCGCUCCGCACCCUCUUCCUCCGCAACGAAGAGAACGCGUCAGUCCAAACUUGCCAAAGAGAACGAUAUCACCGGUGAUGAAGAGGCGGAAAUUAAAGAAGCGUUUCAUCUCUUCUCUACCAAAAGCGACGAGUAUCCCGCUGAGAAAGAAGGCGUAAUUAAAACCCAAGAUGUCCGUCGCGCACUGAUAGCCCUCGGCCUCCCACCCACAGAUCAAAAAGAGCUAGCCUCCAUCCUCUCCGCCGUCGACCCCACCUCCACCGGCCUAGUGACCUACGAACCAUUCCUCUCCGUCUGUGCCCUGAAACUGCACUCGCGCAGCGACGACGCCAUCGCUGCCGAAGUCGAGCAUGCGUAUAGACUGUUCACACGCGGGACUGCGGGACCCAUAUCCGUGGCGCAUUUGAGAAGGGUGGCGAGGGAUUUGAAGGAGGAUGUCAGUGAGGACUUGUUAAGGGAUAUGGUAAGGGAGGCGAAUGGUGGGGAUGGGCUGCAUGCUGGUGUCUCGCUAGAGCAGUUUAGGGAGGUUAUGGUGAGGGCGGGGGUGUUUUGAGGGCGGGAAGGGGAGGUGAGGCGUUGAAUUGCGGUUGGGGUCUUCUUGUCCUUUGGUAAUUCCUACGGUUGAAGGGUUUAAUUCUCGAGAUGUUCCCGGCGAAGGCGUUCAGGAUGAUAUCGGUAACAUAUUUUAUUUGAAGCAAGAGACAUCCGUAGAUAGCAUAAUUAAUGGUAUAUGAAUUAACUACUAAGGGUAUACAAAGACACUGUUUAUACAGCACAUACUCCGCUCACGUUCUGAAAAAAACCAACGUAGGUGGUAGUGGCCAUGUAUCGUAAAAGGAGACACCGACUGGCCUAUAUCC